AGAGAGAGAGAGAGAGAGCAAGCAAUCACAUUCACUGGGAGGAUUUUGGUGAUGCGCUGUUCAUUUCAGCACCACAAACCUCCAUCUGAGAGCAGAAAGAAGAUGCUUCUGAAGACGUGAGAGUUUUGGAGAUUGAUGUUGAAAGGCACUUCUCGUUAUAUCACCAGUCACAUGACAUGUACACCAGCUGUUUGUGCCUCAUGAGAAGUUCCUGUGGCCACACCCUAAAUGGUCAAGGUGCACAACUUCAGCUUUGAAAUGGGCAUGGAUGUUCCUGUUCACCUGCUGCUGCCCCGUUAAUCCUCAAUCCCAUCACCUGGAAUUUUCGGACCUACCCUUUCUCACAUAACAACCCUGUGGAUAUGGAUCUUGUACGCUCAAGUCGGACUCAAUACCAGCUCCUCUUCUUCCUCUGCUACUGGUUACCGGUCUCCCUCCAGCGGGUGGAGACGCCACCCAUCGAGUACGCCCACUCUAUCCGUCUGGAUGGCGACAUCAUCCUGGGUGGCCUGUUUCCGGUUCAUUCCCGGGGUGAGCGUGGCGUUCCCUGCGGGGAGUUAAAGAAGGAGAAGGGUAUUCACAGACUGGAGGCAAUGCUGUUUGCCAUCGACCUUAUCAACAAAGACCCAGAGCUGCUACCCAACGUGACACUGGGCGCCCGUAUCCUGGACACCUGCUCACGGGACACCUACGCCCUGGAGCAGUCGCUUACCUUUGUGCAAGCUCUCAUUGAGCGCGAUGGCUCGGAUGUACGCUGUGCUAAUGGAGACCAGCCCAUAUUUGCCAAGCCAGACAAAAUCGUUGGAGUCAUUGGUGCGGCCGCCAGCUCUGUCUCCAUCAUGGUCGCCAACAUCUUGAGGCUUUUUAAAAUUCCUCAGAUCAGCUAUGCAUCCACAGCUCCGGAGCUGAGCGACAACACUCGCUAUGACUUUUUUUCCCGUGUCGUUCCACCGGAUUCCUAUCAGGCCCAGGCCAUGCUGGAUAUUGUCACGGCGAUGGGCUGGAACUACGUUUCCACACUGGCCUCGGAAGGGAACUAUGGGGAAAGUGGCGUGGAAGCGUUCGUGCAGAUCUCUCGAGAGAUGGGUGGUGUGUGUAUCGCUCAGUCUCUGAAGAUCCCUCGGGAACCCAGGCCUGGGGAAUUCGACAAGAUAAUCCGCCGCCUCCUGGAGACCCCCAAUGCCCGGGCCAUCAUCAUGUUCGCAAACGAGGAUGAUAUCAGACGAGUGCUGGAUUCUGCCAAGAGGAGCAACCAGACGGGUCACUUCCUGUGGGUGGGGUCUGAUAGCUGGGGUGCCAAGAUCUCACCGGUGAUUCAGCAGGAGAGAGUGGCAGAAGGAGCCAUAACCAUCCUGCCCAAACGAGCCACGGUGGAGGCGUUCGAUCGCUACUUCCGUAGCCGCUCGCUCUCCAACAACAGAAGGAAUGUGUGGUUUGCAGAAUUCUGGGAGGAGAACUUUGGAUGCAAGCUGGGGAUGCAUGGAAAACGGCCAGGAAGCCUUAAAAAGUGCACAGGUCUGGAGAAGGUCGGCCGUGACUCCAGUUAUGAGCAGGAAGGGAAGGUGCAGUUUGUGAUGGAUGCGGUUUAUGCGAUGGCACACGCGCUGCACCGCAUGCACAGGGAUUACUGCUUCGGAUACCCCGGCCUCUGCACCCGCAUGAGCAAUAUCAAUGGAAAGGAGCUCCUGGGAUACAUCCGGAGCGUUAAUUUCAAUGGAAGUGCAGGGACUCCGGUGGUCUUCAAUCAGAACGGAGAUGCUCCAGGACGAUACGACAUCUUCCAGUAUCAGAUCACCAACAAAUCGACAGCUGAGUACAAAGUGAUCGGCCAGUGGACAAACAAACUGCAUCUUAAUGUGGGUGCCAUGCACUGGCGGACAGGCGACCCCACACUUCCCGUCUCGGUGUGUAGCGUGCCUUGCCAAAUGGGUGAAAGGAAGAAGAUCGUGAAGGGUGUACCCUGCUGUUGGCACUGCGAGCGAUGCGAAGGCUACCACUUCCAGGCCAGCGAGUUCAGCUGCGAGCUUUGUCCGUAUGAGCAGCGUCCAGACCGCAAUCGCACCGGCUGCAUCCCCAUCCCGAUUAUCAAACUCGAGUGGCACUCGGCUUGGGCGGCCGUGCCAGUGUUUGUUGCAGUUCUUGGCAUCCUGGCUACAAGUUUUGUGGUGGUCACUUUCGUACGUUACAAUGACACACCCAUCGUCCGUGCAUCCGGCCGAGAGAUGAGCUACGUGCUGCUGACGGGUAUUUUUUUGUGCUAUGCCAUCACCUUCUUGAUGAUCGCCACGCCGACUUUGGCUGUCUGCUCCUUCCGGCGUGUGUUCCUAGGUUUGGGCAUGUGCUUCAGCUACGCGGCUCUGUUAACCAAGACCAACCGCAUCCACCGCAUCUUCGAACAAGGCAAGAAGUCGGUGGCCACGCCGCGCUUCAUCAGCCCCGCUUCCCAGCUGGUCAUCACCUUCAGCCUGAUCUCGGUGCAGCUGCUCGGCGUGUUCGUGUGGUUCGCCGUUGAUCCGCCUCACACGGUCGUGGACUACGGCGAGCAGCGCACGUCCGACCCAGUGAAGGCCCGCGGGGUUCUCAAGUGCGACAUCUCGGACCUGUCGCUCAUCUGUUCGCUGGGCUACAGCAUCCUUUUGAUGGUCACAUGCACUGUUUACGCCAUCAAGACCCGCGGUGUGCCAGAGACCUUCAACGAGGCCAAGCCAAUUGGAUUUACUAUGUACACUACCUGCAUCAUUUGGUUAGCUUUUAUACCCAUCUUCUUUGGCACCGCACAAUCGGCAGAAAGGAUGUACAUCCAGACGACCACCCUCACCAUCUCUCUCAGCCUCAGCGCAUCUGUGUCUCUGGGGAUGCUCUACAUGCCCAAGGUCUAUAUCAUCAUCUUCCACCCGGAGCAGAACGUGCCCAAACGCAAGCGCAGCUUCAAAGCUAUCGUCACUGCCGCCACCAUGUCAGGAAAACUAGUGCAGAAGGGAAGCGACCGGCCCAACGGGGAAGUGAAGACCGAGCUUUGUGAGAGCAUGGAGACCAACAAUCUGUCUUUCACGAAUCACAACCUAAACAAGUCUUAUUGUUAAUUAAAAUAAUUAAGAGUGUUAUUAAAAGGAGAGACUCGAGUUAAUAGAAAAAUAUGACUGGUUAGAUUUGUUAAAAAAAUACUGAUUCAUUCACUGAUUCAUCAGACUAAGCUCUUUUUUUCUUCAAUUUUGCCACCAAAAGAUUCGUUCAAAAACUGAUUAAUUCUCAAAGAAAACAACAAUGCUAACAGCGAAAUUUAAACUUGUUUGCAUUAUAAUAAAUUUGACGUUAAAUGAUAUGCAAACUAGACAAGUUGUAACAUAUAUAUGAUUCUUGGCUUUUUUCCUCUUUUAUUACCAGUUUGUUCACUCAAAAGAUUCGUUCAAAAACACUGAUUCAUUCACUAAGAAACAAAAUCUAACAGUCAAAUUUAAACUUAUUUGCAUAAGAAUAUUAUUGACACUUAAUGAUAUGCCAACUAGACAAGCUUUAACAGAUUUUUCUGUUUCUUUGAGCAUCACAUCUUGUGAUGUUAACUGAAGACCGUUUCAUUUCUUUAUUGAAAAGAUGGACUCAAAUAAGAUGGACUCGCAAUGAAACCAUGGAGACAGAAUUACAGAAUGAAUCUUUUUGGUGAACGGAAUUACAAGAUUCACUGAAAUGAAUCAAAAUCUCCACCACUACUGGCUUUUCCCCAUUCCCUCCUCAAAGUCCUCUCUUCACUAAAUAAAAUUGGCAAAAACGCCAAGAAUCAAAUCAAAACUUGUCUAAUUUAGUAGGCAAAGGCAAAAUUUGGAACAACGUAGAUAAAACUGCAUAAGAGCAGUGACCGUAAAACAAUAGAUAAGGCCACCUAAAAGAUGUUCGACUAAACAGAUAAUGCACAUGCAGUCGAGUGAGAGUGGAUGUGUUUUCC